ACAUGUAAUGUUUAUGUGCGUCCCUUUGGUGGCAUAUAUUGGAAAGCAUGCAUUUGAAGGAAAACCUGGGAGUGAGUGAGAUGCACGAGAGGCUGGUGUGAACCCAUGUGUAUGUUGGGCUUUUAGAUUCCUUGGGGGCAGUAGAGAACAGGCCAAGGUUGUGAACUGAGCUUCUACUCACAAAAUGGUUGCCUAUACUCUUUUUUUCCCCCAUUCGCAGUUAAUGAAGUUGCUGUCACCAUUUGCCAUCAUUUUGCAAUUAAUUUAACUGCAUUUUCUUUCCAUUCUUACCCCGUGAUUUUGUUUGUAUGUGUAUUUGCUCGUGUCCGAACGUACAAACAUGUUUUAGGGAUAUAUAAUGAAGAAGCAGAUGGAGAUGCCAGCUACUACAGGGAAUCUCUUCAAACCAUGUAUCCAAUCUAUGAUUCACAAAAUAUUUCUAACAAUAUACAGGUAGUUUGGUAAAAAAAAUUAAUAAUGGUGCAAUCUUUCUUGGGAAAUGGUAACAGUGCUUCUGCGUGUGUUUCUGAGGCCAUAUUGCAGCACGGCGCUUUUAUAUGCAGUGUGAGUGGGAAACCAGCCGAAACCAGUUUGAGGCUGAGGGUUGACAGAGGAACAAUGCCAUCUCUGUGCUCCACUGUGGGAUAGCGAUAGCCUGGGCUACUCCAUGGUCGCCCUUCAUAUUUCAGCCACUGAUGACCACGGCACAGGUACAGACCGGGCUGCUGCAGCUCACCACUGGCUCGAUGUUGGCGUGCAGCACGGCUCACAGCAAGGGGAGCAGGGAGGGCCGCUUACAGCCUGCCUCUGUAUGCACACGCUUGCACACACACACACACACACACACACACACACACACACAGGAGCAUGAUCCAUCUGUUUUGUAUAUCUGUGUGCUGCUAGUGGUGCAGAGUGAGUGAGGAGGAUCAUUACCAGGACCACCACCACUCACCAGAUCCAUGGAUAUAGCAUGACCCUCUGUGCUGGGCCUCAUGCUAAUUAGAAAGAAACAGGAACUGUGUUUUCCCUAAAGAGUGGAUGGUGAUUUAAUUUGGGUUAGAAUAGUUGUGACUGUGUAUGUUGCAGGAUGGAAGGAAGAAACAAAAGGUUUGGCUAGUGCCUGGAGAGCGACGGAGGCAAGAGGGUGAUCUCCACAUCAGAACAGGAGCAGGACCAUGGGAGAUAUGAAGACACCAGACUUUGAUGACCUGCUGGCGGCCUUUGACAUCCCUGACAUGGUGGACCCAAAAGCUGCGAUUGACUCUGAGCAUCAUGACAUCCACGAUGGACAGCUCAAGCAAUCCAGUGGGGUCACUACAAAUGAAGAUAAGGGCCACAGCCCAUCAACAGGGCAUGACAUUGGAAUUAGUGUAAUUGUCAAGAAUACCAGAAACACAGACAUCCCUGAGCAUGGUGCAACCAAAUCUGUGAGGGAUGGAUAUAUCCGAUCCCAUCCUCAACCCCUUUCUGUUGGAACUUGCAAUGGACUUCAUAAUGGCCUCCUGAAAGGUACACCACCAAGUACUUCUUACAACAAGAAACGAUGGAAGGCUUCCAGGGAGGAAGGACAGCCACAUAACAACCAAGCAUCUGCAUGCAAUCAGUUCAGCCUCAUCUCCAGUACUGAAGAGUUUGAGAAUGAUAAAAUUGAGAUGGAUGACCCUAUGUAUGGUCAGGUUGGUCACUCAGACUUAAUGUCCACUACUAAAAGAGACCAUCAGAGUCACAAAUCUUCUGUAUCAGUGGACAGUAUGUCUAAGACCAUGGAAAAAAUAGACACAAAUCCUGAUCAAAACAAUAGUAAUGGAGGCACACUUGGGGGAUCAAAGUCUAAAAAAUCCUCUGAUACAGGUUUAUCCAAGGUGGAACAUAAGGACUUAAAGCCUCACAGUGAGGAGUGCCACAAGGCAAAACCUUCAUCUUGUAUUACAGCAAUUACAGCCCUCAGUGCUGAAAAGGCCAAAACUACAGCUGUGGAUGUUUUGGAUUCUCCUAUAACACGGAAAGAAUCCAACAAGGCCAAUGAACAUCACAAAGCUCCACAGAAACCACAGGAAUGUGAGUCAGCCCUAGAAUUUGCAACAAGACUGCUAACAAGACAACAACACAGCACCUUCAGUGUCACUAAUGACAGCGGCAGCAAAGAGUCCCCUUCCUCAAGCACUGACACAGCUCCAGUCAUCCCAAAGGUUCGGAUCAAAACAAUCAAGACCUCAUCUGGACAGAUCAAGCACACUGUCACCAGAGUCCUACCAGAGUUUGACCCUGAAGAUCUGAAAAAAGGAGAUAAUAGUCCAUCUCUCAUCACAACAACCAAGGCCGUUUUCUCAUCCCCCACAAGAUCCUCUUUGCCUACCACAAUGGUAACCACAACUGGAGGGCCUUCAAUUGAAAUAACCAAGCAAAUGACUAUUAAACCUAUAGCAACAGCUUUCUUGCCUGUCUCUGCAGUGAAGACAGCAGGUUCACAAGUCAUCAACCUUAAGCUGGCUAACAACACCACAGUCAAAGCAACAGUCAUCCCUGCUGCAUCAGUGCAAGGUGCCAGCAGUGUCAUCUUGAAAGCUACUAAUGUCAUCCAGCAACAGACUGCCAUGUUACCUGCCUCCAGCCUGACCAGUGCCAGUCUUGUGCCAAAAACAGUCCAUCAUCGUGAAGUCAACCUUCUGCCUCAGUCUGAAUCUCCUGCUAUGUGCGAUCUCCAACCAGCCCUGUUUUCCUCCAAACACAGCAAUCAACAACCACAAUGUGUUAAGCGCCAGACAGGUCUCACUGGUCAGGGCUCAAAGAAUGUCUCUAGGGUUCAAGUGUUCACUAGCUCUCAAAGUUCUGUAGUGGAAGCCUUUAAUCAAGUCCUAAGUAGCUUAAACCCUGUUCCUGUGUACAUCCCCAACCUCUCCCCACCAACUUCAGCCUGCAUCUCUCUACCCUUGCAUGGUUACAAGUGCCUGGAGUGUGGGGAUUCAUUCGCUCUUGAGAGGAGCCUAACGCAGCACUAUGAACGUCGUAGUGUACAGAUAGAAGUCACCUGCAACCACUGUGCCAAAAACCUAGUGUUUUAUAACAAAUGCAGACUCUUGUCUCAUGCCAGGGGCCACAAGGACAAAGGGGUUGUCAUGCAGUGCUCGCAUCUAAUUCUAAAACCCAUCUCUGCAGCACAGAUGAGCACAUUGUCAACAAGCCCAGCCAGUGUCACUAGUACCACCUCAAAUCCCCAAAUGCAAGCAACCACAAGUCCAGUCAUAGAGAAAGGUACCGUUAGUGUGUCCCCAACUGCAGUGAUUUCAGCUUCAUGUAAAGCUCCUCUUGUGGCAGCAAUGCCCUUGGACAAUGGCGCAUCAAAGCUCUGCAAACAGAGUCUUAAGUGCUCGGAGUGUAAUGAAAUGUUUCAUGAUGACGGCUCAUUGGCCAUGCACUAUCAACAGGUGUCCAAGAGUGGCCAGAAAACAUGCACCAUAUGCCAAAUGCUUUUACCAAAUCAGUGCAGUUUUCUGUCACACCAGCGAAUCCAUCAGCACAAAUCUCCAUACAUCUGUCCUGAGUGUGGUGCCAGCUGCAGAUCUGCCCACUUCCAGUCACAUGUCACAAGGAACUGCCUACACUGCACUCGAAGAGUCGGCUACCGCUGUUUCCAUUGUAGUGUGAUCUUUGCCGAUGAUGCAACCCUCAAGUCCCACAUCCAGAAUACUCACUGUGAGAUCUUCUACAAAUGUCCUCUGUGCCCUAUGGCCUUCAAGUCUGCACCUGGCACACAUUCCCACGCAUAUACACAGCAUCCAGGAGUGAAAGCAGGAGAGCCCAAGGUGAUAUAUAAGUGUUCCAUGUGUGAAACCGUGUUCACGCUGCAGUCCCUGCUCUACACACACUUCGACCAGCAUGUCAUCAAUCACAAAGUUUCAGUCUUCAGGUGCCCUGAUUGCUCCAUGCACUACACACAGAAGCAACUGAUGUUGGACCAUAUCAAGACUAUUCAUGGAACCCUGAAGACCACUGAGGAUCCACCAAACUUGGGCAUUAAUCUUCCUCUCAGUGUCAAGCCAACUAAUUCCAACAGUACCAACUGCCCCAGUAAUAAUAACAAGGAUGACGUAGAAAAUGUCAACAGUAAGAAGAAAGGAGAAAAAAAGGGUUUACCUUCACCACAGAAAAAUAACAACAGUAGGGGAUCAGCAGACCUGAAGAACUCAGGAUACACAUGUGGAGACUGCAGUGCUCCCUUCACUGCCCGUGAGGUCUUUGUGGCUCAUGUGAGACGUGAACAUGGCAAGAUCUUGAAGAAGCAUCCAUGUCGACAGUGUGACAAGUCCUUCAGCUCCUCCCACAGUCUUUGCCGACAUAACCGUCUUAAGCAUGAAGGGUUGCAGAAGGUCAACGAUUGCCUGCACUGUCCAACUCUCAGUCAGCCAUUCACUAAAAGAGUUCUGCUAGAGCAGCACGUUCAGCCGAUGCAUGGCGUCAAAGAACCAGAGGGGAAGAACGUGGAAGUUUUACAUCACAAGAAAACGUCCCCCAGCCCCAAAAGGAAGCCAGAGGAGGAUGAAGGGUCUCCCAGUAUAAACUCCAGGGCUUCAGACUCACAGCCACUGAAGAGACUCAAGGUAAAUAUCCUCAAAGUUCACAAGUGUGCACUCUGCGGUUUCACCACUGAGGAUAUUAGCACUUUCCAAAAACACAUCCCCCUGCACAAGUCCAAUGGUUCAUCCGACCAGUGUCAGGAGUGUGGCCUGUGCUACACAUCCCAUUGCUCACUGGCCCGGCACCUCUUCAUCGUCCAUCGGCUGAAGGAGCCUCACGGCCUUGCCAGAUACAAUGGACGGGGCAAGGAGGAGGAGGAGGAGGAGUAUGGUGAUGAGAGUCAGAGAGAGAACCAGCUGGGCGUCAUGGAUGAGAAAUGCAAAUGCAAAGUGUGUGGAAAGACGUUUGAAACAGAGGCAAACUUGAAUACUCACAUGAGGACACAUGGGAUGGCAUUCAUCAAAUCCAAGAGACUGAUCACAGCUGAGAAGUGAAAACUCACAGCACUGGUGUUAUAAAUGUAUAUACUGUACAUUAUACACCUUGUAUAGACAUUAAAAAAGAAAGAAAGAAAGAACUAUGGAAUGUAUUCAUGCAAUAUGGGAUUAAUCCUCAUACAGUAGCAGCGUUGCAAAUGCUGCUAAUGUCUAAUGAAUGUCUGGUUAAAAAUAAUUUUUAAAUUAGAUAGAUUCAGGCCUUCAGUUUCAACUUAUAGGUUGACCAUUCAUGUAUUCUUUAUGUUUUUGUCUUGUUUGUUUUUUAUUUCAUAAUUACAGAAAUACUUUUAUCUAAGGCUUUCUUGGCUUCUACAGCUAAACUGUGACCCUGGUCUCCUUCUCAUACUCUCAAGCCUACCCUAAGAUGCUUCACCGUAUAACCCCAUGGAGUUAUCAUACACUUACAACAAAAAACUAUAUUAAAAAGAAUUCAAAAUAAUGCUUUUGGGUUUUAAAGACAAAUACAUGGGCCAAAUAUGACUUUGUUUUGAAACUGAUCUUUCACACCUGUAACAUACUGGCAGCUCAUUUAGAUUUAAAAAAAUAUAUAUAUAUUUAUCUGGAUAUUUGUUUGAUAUAUAAAAAGAAACUAUUUCUUUACCGUAUAACACAUUUGUCACGGUGGAAUAAUGAAAAUGAACUUCCAAUAAUCCUGAUUUUCAUACCUAUCAAUAGCAAGAGGUUUUGUCUUUUUGUUACUUUUUUCUAAAUUUAUUUAAAAAAACAAAUAAGUCAUAAUGAAUAUUCUUGACAGUAAUUCUUUUGACAAAAAUAUAAACACAUCCUAUAAUGUCUGUGGUCUUUUUUAACCAGUGCAUGUAAACAAAAUUUACCAAUAAAAAACAUAGCAAUUGUACUUUAUUGCCAAACACCGCUACACAUGUGCAGGACUUCAUCUUAGAUAGCUCAGUAUUUAUUUCUCCUCAAGGUAAUAAUUGGCACUGUUAAUUCAUUUACAAAUUGAGAGAUUCUCUCUUUAGUUUUCACUGACUCAAUUUGAACCUAAAAACUGUGGGUUGAAAGGUCUCUGAUCAAAUAAAGAGCUCAACAAUCUAA